AUGACUACCGCCAGCACUACCGCUAUAGCAACAACAGCGACAACGACAGCAGCAGCAACAACAACAACUAAUCAAAGUAAACGUAAAAGAGACAUAUCACUACAAGAAUUACAACAAUAUUCAACAAUACCUAAAUCAGCAAGUACAAUCACUAUGUUACAACCAUCAUUGAAAAAGUUAGAUAAAAAGAGAACAACAAAAACUAUUCCUUUAAAGAAAAUGAAGCAUACCAUUAUUCAACAAAAUUAUCGACGACCUAUAUAUUUAAAACGAUCAUCAGCAACACUUUUUCAAAUGUUAAGUAAAACAUUAAAUUAUACUUUUAAAGAAAAACCUGAACAAAAAUAUAUUUAUUUACGACUCAAUCUAUUCGAUCAACAAUAUUGCCUAAAAGUCGAUGAACAAUUAUGGCAAUCGUAUUUAGACAUUGGUUUACAACAACAUGUAUGGCCAGAUCAAUUACAUAAAACGGCUAAGACUGAUGAUUUUCAGUUGUGUCAUGAAUAUCUCAAAAAUUAUAUAGAAAUUAUAAAAGAACAAUUGAAUCAAUGUGAAAUAAAAUUAUUAGAACAAUCUCAACGAUAUUCGAUUACAAAAUUCUCUAUCGAUCAAAUGGAUCAUUGUCUUAAAGAAUAUGUUGAUUGUCAACGGAAAUAUUUGGCAAUGAGAAAUAAGCAGCAAUUAGUUAAAUUUAAAAAUAAUAUUCAAGAAAAAGAUUUAUCCAAAGCAGCAUCAUCGACUGAUAUAACAACAACUAAUAAUCAAGAAAUUGUUCGUCAAUUAGUGUCCAUACGAAAAGAGCAAGUAGAACUUUGGAAAGAAUUUCUUAUGCUAAAAAUGCGAAUUUUAUUCAAAUUUUUACCACCAAAUUUUGACUAUUUACAACAAUUUAUUAGUCCUAUUCAUUAUUCACCAUUGAACAAUGAUCGAAAAACUAUUGAAUUAAGAAAUAAACAUGAUAAAUAUAUACGAGAAGCAAAACGUACAUGGUUAAAUAUUUAUUUCAAUGCAUAUAUUACUAAAAUACAAGUAUAUGAUCGACAAUAUCAAAAUUGUUUCACACAACUAGAAUCCCAAAUAAAGAAUAGUAGUGGAAGUGUCAAUACUGACAAUGUUAAAAAAGUGAAAGACUAUAUGAUUGAUCAAACUAAUAAACUAAAAGAUAAUAUAUCUAAGCAAAUAUCAACUUUUUGUAAGAAAUUACUUCAAGAUCGUCAAAACUUAUCAUCGUCAAUGCAAAAUAUAAUUAGCGCAUCCCCUGAACCCUAUCUUAACUUAAUUACUAAUCAUUUUGAUAAACGUCAAUGGAAUUAUCUUUCCUAUGGUCCAUCGAUGAUAAGAUCAAAUCAAAGUGUUACGCGCCCUCGUGAACAACAAGAGAAAGAAAUUGUGAAUUUGCAUAAAGAAAUUUAUAAUAAAGUUGAAUACUAUCUUAUUGCUCACAAUAUGCCAAAAACGCAUCCGAAUUUGAGAAAAUAUUCAGAUAAUCUUCUUAAUUAUCUUAAUCAAUGUUAUUUUAUUCCUCUUCCAUACAAAGAACAAAUUGAAGCUGAUGAACAAGCACAUAUUGUUGCCUCCAUUCGAAAAUUAAUUCAAAAGCACAAACUCAUUAUUCGUGUUACUGAUAAAGGUAAUAAUUUUUAUAUUGGUUUGGCAAGUGAUUUAGAAGAAAAAGCACAAAAUUAUUUUAUCGACACCAACGCUUUCAUUCAAUUAUCGAACAAUCCAUUAGAUGAAAUUUUAGACAAAGUCAAGAAUUUACUUCGUCAACUUGCUACAGAUAAAUUAAUUACAGAAACGCAAUGUAAAAAAAUGUUACCUGAUGAAAACAAAACUGAAUUAUCACAUUUAUACUUUAAUCCUAAAACUCAUAAGGAAAAUAUACCAGUACGACCUAUUGAAAAUACAAUUCAUUCUGCCACAAAGAACAUAUCUGAUUUUCUAGAUCAAUCAAUACGACCUAUAUUUGAUAGUGAAUGUAAAGAGACAACAAUCAUUGAUGGUACUUCUUUAAUUAAAGAACUAACGAAAUAUUCUAAGAAAGGUCUUCUCAAGGCAUCGACUCUUUUUUGUACAUUUGAUAUUCGUAAUUUAUUUACAAUGUUACCACAGGAUGAAGCAUUAAAAAUCUUAGUCAAAUUUCUUGAUGAAAGUGGACAUACAAAAGUCGAUAAAAUACGUUUUACUACAAUAAAACAAUUAGCUUCGAUUGUAUUAGAAGAAAAUGUUUUUGUGUAUGGUAAUAAAAUUUAUCGACAAACGCUUGGUGGUGCAAUGGGUUCAUCGUUUACAUUAACUUUAGCCAAUAUUUUUAUGUGGAAUUGGCAACAAAAAUUCGUUAAUGAACAAAGUCAAUCUAAAGAAUUCUUUGGCCGAUAUGUCGAUGAUAUUGUUAUCACAUGGAAUAGAUCAGAACAAGAAUUAAUAAACUUCUUGAAUGAAGCAAAUAACUGGCAUCCCAAUAUUAAACUGGAUUAUAAAAUUGGGAAAAGUCUUCCAUUUCUUGAUGUACUUGUUACAAAUAAUAAUGGCAUUUUAGAAACAUCUGUUUAUCAUAAACCAGCUGGGGAACCCUAUGUUGUUCCAUUUAUAUCGGAUCAUCCUCGACAUGUCUUUGGAAAUAUUAUACAAACGGCUCUUGCAAGAGCUGUUCGAUAUUCGUCGACAUUUCAAGCAUUUAAAAAAGAACAACGUUAUAUCGAAUUAAUGUUAUUAUUUAAUGGGUAA